CUGCGAUGGCCUUUCAAUAUGAGUUCGGAUACCAGUUAUGUCGAAGAAGAGGCUGAGGAUAAUAUCCUGUCCCCCAACCUCCAGCUUCUAUCUUCACCACCAAAACCAGCACUCACUCAGGCGCAAACUGAGCCUAGUCCUUCUUCAGUGGCGCUGGCCGGACCACGACUUAUCCCAUCCUCCGGGGACUAUCCUUAUGCUCAAGGUGAAGAUGCAAAGUCAUUUUUUACACGUCCGAACCGAUAUUUCGGACCAGCGUCAACCUGGAAAUCCUGGACCGAGGAGGAAAGGACUGUGGCUCAAAGUCUAGACCGUGUGCGCAGUCAAGAUCUCGCCAUCCAUCUAUUCAACUCUUUCUCCAUCAAAAGAAAGGCAAAGGAUGCGAAGCUAGACCACAGAACCAAGCGUGUCAAAAAAGGAAAGGAACGGGCGACGUCUGUAGUCGCGACUGAAGGCGAGGACGAUGAAGAUGCCGUCUCGGAAGCGGCGGAGGCGUUCUCAUUGCCGAAGAACUGGACAGCAUGGCCUAUGCCUCCCGGCGAUGUGCCCAGGGAAGACCUGCUUCCUCUGCCGGGCAGUCGCCAUGCAUUUCACUCGAGGGCCGACACGACACCGAGCGCCAACCUAGAGCAGUGGCUAAUUGCAUGCGCGACACGAUUUUCGCGUGAGAGAUGGAAUGACCGGCGAUGGGACGAGAAGCCUUCGGUCCGAGGACUUCAGUCUGGCACCAAAAUGCAAAGUCUAGAGUCAGAAAUUGAGGGCAAUGAUAUGUCAGAGGAUGAGAGCAGCGGAGAUGACGAAGGAGGAAGUCAGCAAGAAGAGGAUACACAACCCGAAACCCCCGAGUAUCCAGUCUUUUCUUCUCGAGCCUUUUCACCUUCAGAAUCGCCGGAAGCCAAGCGCCACGCAUCAGUUAAGGCCGAUGGUGAGGACAUUAACACUACAUUCAAUGACCGACCUGUCCCUCUGGCGGACGAUGAGAAGGCAAGGCAGUACUUCUUACCCAGUACCCGCCAUAUUCUUUCCAAGCUCGAUGACUUGCUUCUUGGCCUACACAGGGCACGGUACGCCUACGCAUCGAAACCUCCCGGUAAAGCAAGAGGCAGGUAUUCGAAGACGCCCGAAGAGCAGUCCAAGAGCGAAAGUCCAGGACGAAGUAGCUCCCUUCCUGCGCGGCGCAAAAGCCGACAGCGACGUUCCGCGUCUGCAGAGACGGAAGCCUCAGCCUUCUCCUCGGCUUCUACUAUGUCUGCGAAACGGCCACGCAGGGUCCAAGAGCUUGGACUACGCGAUUGGAGCGACGUCGUGGGCAUGGCUUCGUUGACUGGCUGGGACUCCGCUGUAGUCGAACGAGCCAGCGAGCGCUGCGCAACAUUGUUCGGUGAGAAUAUGCUGUUCCGCACAUUCCAUGAAGGAGAAGCCAAAGAAGGCAAUGAGUCGUAUUUCACGGAACACCUUGCUCUCGAAAGCGAAGACACCGAGGAGUCAACGGGAGGAGCACCUGGGCGAGAGCGGAUCUGUCCACACGAGUCAUGCCCCAGACACACCGUCCCUUUCCACAAAAGGUGGACGCUGCAGAGGCAUCUGGCCACUGUGCAUGGUAUUGAUCGGAAAGGUGCGAGCCUAUCUCGACCCAAGCUGGCGGUGUCGAGAAGUACAAGUGUCGACUUUAGUGACGCCGACAUGGACCUGCUCACCCACCCAGAUCUAAUAGUAUGUCCGAUUCCUGGGUGCCCGCGUGGCCAAAACCCCUUCUCCACGGGGAGAGGUCUGUAUGAUCAUGUGAGGAGAAUACACCCAGAUGUCGAUGUCAAAAAAAUCAAGCAGAUGGAAAGUAGGAGGCGUGGUGAGCGGAGAGGCAGGUGGACGAACGAAAGACGGCUGAGGAGUGAGAGCCAGAGAAGGCCGAGCAGCGACGAUAUCGGGAAUUAGGAUGUCACGAUGGCUGAAGGUGAAGAGCACGAAGACAGCGAAUGAACACAAGAAGUGUCGGGACUUGCUGUGUACUGCUGUACUUGAAGCCAGGGAGGUUCGUCUCGUCUCCUGCUAGAAAACAAGGCUGCAACACUCCGCCACGUCUCAUGAUUGGUCAAUGAUGGUCAAAUCAGGCAAUGGGUGCUUAGGUAAUGGCUUAGGUAAUCAUACAGGCUGCGGAGGUGGCGACUUCCGUUCCACUCUUGGUGUUGGACUCGUAACAACUCAG